AUGACACGAGAACAAUACAUAUUAGCCACACCACAGAAUAACCUGCCAAGGACUGAGAAUGCCCAACUUUACCCGGUGGGGAUUUAUGGCUGGCGAAAGAGGUGCUUAUACUUCUUUGUCCUUCUGCUGUUGGUAACCAUGAUAGUUAACUUAGCCAUGACAAUAUGGAUAUUGAAAGUUAUGAAUUUCACUGUGGAUGGUAUGGGAAAUCUGAGAGUCACCAAGAAGGGAAUCCGACUUGAAGGUAUAUCUGAGUUUCUACUUCCAUUGUAUGUGAAAGAAAUUCAUUCCCGAAAGGACAGUCCUCUGGUCUUACAGUCUGACAGGAAUGUGACAGUGAAUGCAAGAAAUCACAGGGGACAGUUAACUGGACAGCUGACCGUAGGAGCUGAUGCUGUGGAAGCUCAGUGUAAAAGAUUUGAAGUGAGAGCCAGUGAAGAUGGCAGGGUGCUGUUUUCUGCAGAUGAAGAUGAGAUUACCAUUGGGGCUGAAAAGCUGAAAGUCACAGGGACAGAAGGAGCAGUGUUUGGGCACUCGGUGGAGACCCCUCACAUCAGAGCAGAACCAUCCCAAGACCUCAGACUUGAAUCACCAACAAGAUCCUUGAUAAUGGAAGCUCCCCGGGGGGUCCAGGUGAGCGCAGCUGCAGGAGACUUCAAGGCCACCUGCAGGAAGGAGCUGCAUUUGCAAUCUACGGAGGGAGAGAUAUUUUUAAAUGCAGAUACAAUCCGGCUGGGAAAUCUACCGACCGGCUCCUUUUCAUCUUCUUUACCCAGCUCCUCAAGUUCUCGACAGACUGUGUAUGAACUCUGUGUCUGCCCCAACGGCAAACUGUACCUUUCUCCAGCCGGACUCAGUUCCACUUGUCAGGCCCGUAGCAACAUCUGCUUGUGGAGCUGAAGCGACUGAUGUCUCCUCACACCAGAAUAGCCUUUUGUUCCUGUCCGUCUGCUUCACACUUCUGCUCGGUUUCCCUUGUGAUCAGUGAGAGCCGCUUCCGAUGAUGGUCCACAGAGCGACUUCUUCCAGCAUGAGCUGGGAUCUGCCGCCACCUGCUCUUGGGAGUCACAGCCCUGCUCAACCCAGAGAGUGUGAGUGACACAGCAGUGCAAAAACCGCUGUCAGCAGGACAACUGGAUCAUAACUUUUGCUCAGAAGGGAGAGUAACAUAGGUGCCUUUGCUACAUGCAGUGAAGCACACAGUUUUAGAUUUUUGCAGGACUUGGAUAUGAACUGCACAUCUAGACAUCACAUAGACAAAAUUCCCAGUGUCCAAUGGCGAGAUGAAAUGGUUAACCCUGUAAGAAAACCCACCCCACAGUCUCAAAGCACAAUUUUUCCAUUCAUCUUUUUUGGAUGUAGACUUUUAUCCCCAAAUUUUAAAAUUUUGAAACAUUCUGUAAUGCUUGCUUUACUAAAAAUUAAAUUCAGUACCUGGUUUUUAACGAAAC